AUGAAAAUAUUGCAAAAAGAUGUCUUCUAUCGUACUUGUAUUAUUUUAGAGCCUCAACAGAUCAAAACGUCGUCGAUAACAAUAAACGAAACGACUUCAAUAGUAUCUUAUGAUGACCUAUAUCAAAAGUUAUACUCGUAUCGUGAUGCUGCAAAAUUGACACAAGUUGGUCUUGUUGCUGAAGAAUUUUUGCAAUGGUUAGGUGCAGAGGGUAAUGAUGCUGGCUCAAUACCUGAUCUGAUCCCCGCUUAUUUAGAAUAUCGAAUGAACAGUGAUCCUUACUAUAACAAAGAAGCUGUUGAAGCACAACUAAGGACAUUGGGUUUAAAUUCAAGCUGUGUCACAUUCAUGUGUGCACAAGCUGCGAAACUUACCAAUGAUAAUCAACAAGAUGCAUUCUUUUGUGCUCUUCAAUACUGUCUACAUCAGUUUUCCGUCAUAUUCGAAAUACCACUUAAACCACCAAUAACGAGUGGACCGUUAAAUCAAAUACAACCACUGGAUAUUAAAGUGGCAAAAGAUCUUUUAUCUAUACUGUUCGAGACAAUUCAAAUUAAAAAUUUUUAUACAAAUAAUAUACAGAUCGGUCUGAAAGAAACUGGGAUGAAAGAAUUCUUUACUAACACCAAACUGUUAUUUCAUGCAACCGCAGCGCACUAUGCAGCUUCUAUUGUUCGCAACGGUAUUGAUGCUACAAGUACACGUAUAAAUUUAGAUCUUGGGCCAGAAUUUUAUCUUAAUACACAUUUCAGAGAUGCUAAAGAUUGGUGUAUGUCCCGUUUUGCACCAACCUGCAAUGGUCAAGCUGCAAUAUUUAUUUUUCAAGUACCAAAAGACAUUUAUGAUGAAUGGAAUAUCCAUCAGCUUGAUUAUCGAUCGCGAAGAAACGAUUUAAAUAAUCUAACUGAAUGGGAACACUUCGUUAAGAAAUGUCGCGCUGGAAUCAGAAAUAAUCGAAUAAUUGGUAGUUACGACGGAUUUGAGGGUCCACAAUGCGCGAAUCCUAGAGAUCUUCUCAAUGAGGCUUCAGAAAUACGUCCAGAAAUACGUCGCACAAAUGAAGCCAGACCUAGGGAGGCUUGGCAAAUCAGUAUACAUUCAUCUGGGAUACAAGCACACGUAAUCAACUAUCUAAAGGGUGUAAUAACAUUCACAAACAUUUAA